AUGCCCCCGACUGUGCCCAUCAGUGCCACAUCAAUGCCACAUAUCAGUGCCUACCAUGUCACCUAUCAGUGCCACCUAUCAAUGCCAGUCAGUGCCACCUAUCAGUGCUACCAGUCAGUGCCACAUAUCAGUGCCAGUCAGUGCCAGCUAUCAGUGCUUGUCAGUGAUGCUUAUCAGUGCCGCCUAACAGUGCCAGUCAGUGCCACCUAACAGUGCCAGUCAGUGCCGCCUAUUAGUGCCACCUAUCAGUGCCAUAUAUGAGUGCUGCCUUUCAGUGCCCAUCAGUGAUGCCUAUCAAUGCCCAUCAGUGCCACCUACCAGUUCCUCCUCAUCAGUGCCACCUAUCAGUGCCCAUCAGUGCGGCCUAACAGUGCCUAUCACUGCAGCCUCAUUAGCGCAAAUCAGUGA